GUGAGCGCAUCCUCCCGUAGAGGACGUACCUCAGUUUUCUGCAGCCUGAACUAGCGUAGUGACGUCAUCGUCACCAUGACCCGGAAGUUCUGCUGCUGUUUCUUGACACGUAGCUAGCGGCGUUGGCGGAGUCCUGGGCGAAUAACGGCUGUUUGCAAUGUCAGGGUUUGACAACUUCAACACAGACUUUUAUCAGUCUAGUUACAGUGUGGAUGAUCAGAACCAAGGAGGACGUGGCUACAGCAACACAGAUGACUCGUACAGCAAACCGUAUGGACAGUAUGACUACUCGCAGCCAAUGGGCUACUCGGCGCCUCCGGGAAUGAUACCGCCCCAGCAGCCGUACACAGGGCAGAUCUUCCAGCCCACCCCAGCCUUUACGCCGGCCUCCACGCAGUCCAUGUACAGUAGCAGCUUUGAGGAUGAGCCCCCGUUGCUGGAGGAGCUGGGGAUCAAUUUUGACCACAUCUGGCAGAAGACUCUGACUGUGCUGCACCCGCUGAAGGCAGCAGAUGGCAGUAUAAUGAAUGAAACAGACCUGGCUGGUCCCAUGGUGUUCUGUUUGGCCUUUGGGGCAACACUACUCUUGACGGGGAAGAUCCAGUUCGGUUACGUGUAUGGUAUCAGUGCCAUCGGGUGCCUCGGCAUGUACUGCCUGCUCAACCUCAUGAGCAUGACGGGGGUCUCGUUCGGCUGUGUGGCUAGUGUCCUCGGUUACUGCCUGCUGCCCAUGAUCAUCCUGUCCAGUUUCGGGGUCCUCUUUUCCUUGCAGGGCAUGUUGGGUAUCAUUUUAACAGCUGCCAUCAUUGGUUGGUGCAGUUUUUCGGCCUCUAAGAUCUUCAUCUCUGCUCUGGCCAUGGAUGGACAACAGCUGCUGGUGGCGUAUCCCUGCGCCCUGCUGUACGGAGUCUUCGCCCUCAUCUCUGUUUUUUGAACUCUCAACCUCUUUUAAUGGACAAAAUGACACAACAAUACGCAACACGCACUCGCAUCCUUUUAUUUGAGAACUGCUUUUGUAACAGCCACCACACCACACACCCUCUUGCUGAGUGUUUCCAGUGUUUAUCAUGUUCUGAGAGAAUGUGCCAUUAAUUUAUCCUGCAAUCGUUUUUUUUACCUGCCCAUCUACUCUGAGAAAUGUUUUUGCUUGCAUAAUGCAGGUUAAAACUCGUUCUUGUUGUUUAAUGCGUUCACCGCAUUCUAUUGUUCUUUCCGAAAUAGUAAUCUUUAGCAGAGCCAGAAAAUGAAGUGCGUUUAUUGAAGAGAAGAAUGUGUAAUCAUUGCAAAAAGUACACCUCUCCUACACAACAUAUUUAAAGCUUUUGUGUUCCAAGCAAGCAUCAGAAGCACCAGAACGUUCUUUGCAAAGUUUUUUCUUGGAACUGUUUUUCUGUACAUUCCUGAAUUGCUGUUGAUUUGUUCGGUCCGUAUUCAUUCAAACACUUGGGGUCAGUAAGAGUGCCUACAUGUUCACACUAUUCCCAUCAUGUACUAGGUGAAUUAAAUGAAAUGAUACAAAACUCA